UCGAUCUGUUAUGGUUAUAAUGACGGCAAGCAAACAAAUGGGUAGUUCAGAGCUCUAACAUGUUCCAUGGCCGCAAGGGACGCCAACCCAAUCGCCAGCGCCAAGAAGGUCCCUCUCUUUCCCCUUCUCUCUCUCAUUUGCUUCACUUCCAUCUUCCUCAUUCUCUCGCAGUUCCGAAAGACUUCUAUUCCUUCGACAACAACUUCUCCUUAUCACAGCUUCGAUAUCGCCGAUGAGGAAUCUCGGAGCACCGUUCGGGUCGGGUCUUGCGACUACUCCGAUGGAUCCUGGGUCUACGAUCCGAAGGCGGCAAGUGCUAGGUACGACCACACGUGCAAGGAGAUUUUCAAGGGCUGGAAUUGUAGGCUUGGGAACAAAUCGAACGCUGGAGACAUUGUCAAGUGGCGGUGGAAGCCUAAGCGCUGCGAUCUUCCGCAGUUUGACGCCGUUAGGUUUCUUCGGGAUUACAGAGAUAGCAGCAUCGGUUUUGUUGGGGAUUCCUUAAACAGGAAUAUGUUUGUGUCGCUUUUCUGCACUCUUAAAAGUGUGUCCAAUGAAGUGAAGAAGUGGCGACCAGCUGGUGCUGACCGUGGAUUCACAUUUCUGCAAUACAAUCUCACCAUUGCAUAUCAUCGAACAAAUCUCUUGGCUCGUUAUGGUAGAUGGUCAGCUAAUGCAAACGGUGGUGCAUUAGAAUCUCUUGGAUUCAAAGAGGGCUUCAGAGUUGAUGUUGAUGUUCCAGAAAGCACAUGGGCACAAGCUCCAAGUUUUCAUGACAUUUUAAUUUUUAAUACUGGCCACUGGUGGUGGGCCCCUUCAAAAUUUGACCCUGUAAAGUCACCUAUGCUUUUCUUCAACAAAGGCCAGCCAGUAGUCCCUCCAUUGCCUCCUGAUCGUGGCCUUGAUUUGGUUUUGGAGCACAUGAUACCUUAUGUGGAGGGAAGGGCGAAAUCAAAUGCAGUAAAAAUUUUCCGUGCUCAAUCGCCCAGGCAUUUUGAAGGUGGUGAUUGGGAUCAAGGUGGUUCUUGUCGAAGGCUUCAACCUUUAUCAACAGAGCAGGUGGAAAACCUGUUCUCAGUAAAGAAUAACGGGACAAACGUGGAGACUCGAUUGGUCAAUGAACACCUCUACGAGGCUCUUUCAGGGUCUGGUUUUGUUGUUUUGGACAUAACUCAUCUGAGUGAGUUCAGAGCUGAUGCUCAUCCAUCGACGGCGGGUGGAAAAAAACACGAUGACUGCAUGCACUGGUGCCUACCAGGACUCACAGAUACCUGGAAUGACUUGUUCAUAGAGCAUCUAUAUAGUAUCAAGAACAGAAGUUGAUGAUUGACUUGUUCAUAUUCCACUCAAGAAGAAGAAAAAAUUGUUCAUAUGUUUCUUGUACUACACACGUGUUUUGAUGACGUUUUAUUCAAUGACUCUAGUUCAGUAUAUGAUAGUAGAGUACUUGUUUCCUUCUCAA